UCAGGUUGUGGUUGAUGACACUCGGAGGCAGGAAUUUGAGCUGAAGUUGUCCCCAAUAUGGAUAUGUCUUUCCCCCCAAUUGCAAUACGUAUUGCCUUGGCCUCUUAGUGCGGUAUCUCUGCAAAGGACGUAACAUCCUCCUGGCGGUACUGAAUUGCCAAGGCGUAUUUAAAGGAGCCCAGCGAAAGGUUCCCUCUGUGGGGACUUUUUCAGCCGAUGUAAAUAACGAUAAGGUUCCUGCUCCCAUCCGAUCCCACGGCAGCCGAGCAUCAAGGCUGGCAUUUUGGAGCGAACAGCCGUGACAAUUGAGAAUGCCGCAACCUAGAGUGAGGUUAAUAGUGACUGGUGAUGAUUUUGGAUAUUGCUUGAGGAGGAAUCAAGGUAUUAUGGAAUGCUUUCACGCAAAAGCAAUUUCCAACGUGUCCUUAUUGGUGAAUGGCAUUGCGGCUAAAGAGGCAGCUACAUCGGCUACAAGAAACAAGGUUCCACUUGGUCUUCAUGCAAACCUUUCUGAGGGGCUACCUGUCUGUGAUCAACUCCGAAUGGGUUCUUCCCUUGUCAACAAGGAUGGCUUUUUCCAUGGGAAGAUGGGAAUUAGGGAAGUGCUGAAGAGUGGCCAUAUCAACCUGUCUGAGGUAGACCAGGAGUUAAGAGGACAGGUAGAUCUAUUCUGUGAACUAACAGGACAUUUACCUCACCAUAUGGAUGGACAUCAGCAUGUUCAUGUUUUACCAGGUAUACGAGAUAUAUUUGCACAAGUACUUUCAGAUUAUGGAAUUAAGUACACUCGAGUCCCUAUAGAACCAGGCCUGCAUGACUGUGAAUGGAUAGGACAGCAGCUAAUGGACUUCUAUCUGCAAGUUGAAAAAGAUGCAUUCAAUUCAAUUGAUGUAUUUAGACAACAUGGAAUCAGGUGGACUGAUAUCUAUAUUGGCCUAACAACAAUGGGGAAAAAUAUGUCAGUAUCAAAUAUCCAGCAAGUCAUUGAAAACGCCAUUGCCACAAGGACAGACAUCUCCUGUGGGAAAAGAUUCCGAGCUCUACAGAAUGAUGCAAUAUUGACAAUGGAACUAAUGGUGCAUCCUGGUUAUCCCAGCUUUCCUGAGGAGGGCGGAUGUGGUGAAGGGCCCGAUGAAUUUUCAAUGUCUGCAGAUCGAUUUCUUGAACUGCAAACCCUCAAGGAGUCAAAACUACUAAAAUAUUAUGAGGACAAAAACAUACAACUGUGCUCAUUCAAAGACAUAAAGGAAAUAGGAGCUGAGAAAAUAAUUCAGAGGGAGGGGAACGAACACAGAUUUGAGGCUUUCAGGGACUAGAGAAUGGCAGUCCCAGAAAUCCUUGCAAAUUAAAUGCCAUGGGAUCACAGAAAAAAGACAUGGUUAAAGAAGUGAAACUAAAUUAUCCAAUAUUUCACUGGUCAUACAGAAAAAUGCAUAAUGCUUAAUAGAGUUCGAAUUUAAUUACAGUAAAAAAAGCCCCUUUGGUUAUUUCUAGUUCCACUCAGAACAGAUGUCAAUGCUAAUUCUUAAAAAUUUAAAUCAUCAGUUGAAUUUAUCCUGUGUAUUCAAGGAAAUUGAAAUUAGGUUCAGUGCGGUGUUCCAAAUAUUUCAGUUUGCUAUCUACAGCAUCAAAACAAAUGAAGUAACAAGGCAACCAAUUUUGAUAAAAUUAAUGCCUCAAAGAGUUUAUAUUUUAAAAAGCAUUAAACUAUUCUUCUAUAAACAAGUACUGAUGUACAGAAUUACAAAACAAUGUGCAAUAACUUGAAAUUUCAUAAAACAUGGGAGACAUCAUUGAUCAAUAAUUAAAAUCAGUGUUUGGUCAUGAAAUGCUCGGUUAUAAAUAAAAAAAAAUGGUCACUUAAACUGAACAAGUUUUUAUAGAAUCACAGAAUUGCUGUGGCACAGGAGGCUAUACCUGCAUGCCUGCACAAGUUCAGUUCCCUACUGCCAAUUUCCUGCCUUUCCCCCCCCCCCCCCGAAUGUCAUCUCUAUCUAAAUUAUCGAAUGCCUUCUUGAAUACCUCAAUUACAGCACGUAUGUGUGCUGGAGUAAGUCUUUAAUUUUGCGAUGCAGUUAUCCAUUGCAGAGUUAUUGGCAAGGUUUAUGAAUUGGAGGGUCCUAAUACAGGAUAACUGCACCCUUAAAUGCCUAAAACACUACUCAAUGCUGACCAUGAGGUUAUUUCACAACUGUGAACUGGAUAGGAGAGUAUCUUGGGUUUAGAAGGCUGCUGAUUGGUGUACUCAAGGAUACGGCUUUUUAAAAAGGUAUUGAUUUGACUGACUUUUGAAGUGAAUACAAGACAAUAUAUUGUAUAAUGUAACAGAACAUUCAAAUGAAUCUUGAUAGAAUUGUCAAAUAAAAUUUAAUAUUUUGGUUC